ACAAAUAAUUAUUAUCAUCCUACUUAUACUAGCGUAAGAUAGGCAUUGCACAUUGUCUUGAUUCAACCUUCUCCCAGGAUGCUGAGUCAUUGGCGUGCUCGAGAUUAAUACCUAGGAAGUCAAAAUCUUCCCACGCCCAAUCCGUCUUUGCGCGAUCAGACAUAUUCUCAACGCAUCUGCAAAUUCGUGCACUGUUUCAAUCCUUACAGAUUGGAAUAGAGGGUCCGACUUCAGGGAUGGCGGAGAAUGAGCAAGUCGUUCUGGAGGGCAUCUUCGGAGUGUUCAAACCAGCCACGACCUCAACACCCCAAGUCUUAUUAGACUUACAGAAAAUAUUCGCCAGUUCCAGGACUUUCGCGCCGUUGUUGGAAGAAACGCGGCGGAAGCGCUUCGAGCAGGACUUGCACCAGCGAGAUGAUCAGAAAUGCAAGAACAAAGAGGGUGAAGGCCGAUUUUUCAAAAUGGGACACGGCGGCACAUUAGAUCCACUCGCGUCGGGAGUCCUCAUCGUUGGUAUAGGUGCAGGAACGAAAGAGCUGCCCAAUUACCUUGCUUGCAGCAAGACCUACGAAACUGUGAUACUAUUUGGUAAAAGUACUGACACGUACGACGUCGAUGGCUCGAUCACAGAAGAGGCAGGUUGGAGCCAUGUCACAGCAGAACUCCUCGAAAGCCAACUUGAACAAUUCCGAGGCACAAUUAAACAAAUGCCACCCGUCUACUCCGCACUAAAGAUAAAUGGCAUCAAGGCCUGCGAGUAUAUUCGUAGUGGACUGCCACUACCACGGGAACUGGCGAGUCGAGAAGUGCACGUUGAAGAGUGUUCCCUGAUUGAGUGGAUGGAUGCCGGGACUCACAGUUACCGCUGGCCAGGAUCCACAGAAAACGCCAUGGCGCCGGCGGCACGAAUCCUGCUAACCGUAUCUUCGGGAUUCUACGUACGCAGCUUCGUACACGAUUUGGGCAUCGCCUGUGGAUCAUUGGCAACCAUGGCUGCCCUUUUGCGAUCGCGGCAGGCGGUAUUUUCAAUUCCGGGUCACGGAACCUCUGCAGAAUCUAUCCCUACGAUCUCUUAUGAUGAUUUGAAUGCAGGCGAAAAUGUUUGGGGAUCGCUUGUCACAGAACAGAUAACGAAAUGGAAAGAUCUCCAGGUUUCUACUGAAAAGCCUGAGCGAAAACAAAGAUUCCGCGGCGAGUGGCUUGCAAGAACUAGACAAGAACGAAUAAAGCAACAAGGAGGGAAGACCAAAGGAAAAUACAACAAGAAACGGUCCGAAAAGGCGGACGAGCUGAAUCAAAAGCCAUUGACGUCCUAGGCAACUGCAUGACAGAAGGGAGGCUUUCCCCACCACGACAGUUAUGGAAAUG